GGACACUCCCCUAUGCAACUUGCAUAUGCGACAAUAAAGGAGUAAAUGGCAAUGUUGAAAUGUACAGUGGUUAGUGUGCCUAUUAUGUAAUGCUUUGUCCCAGGUUCUAUUAUCGGUGUCACAGGCUGGGUUUUUUUGCCUGCAUUUCUUGUUUUAUGUUUGUAGUAUUUCUGGUUUCUGUUUAGUCAUGCCUUUUCCUGCUUUACGUUUUAGUCACGUGACCACACAGCUGUUUUCAAUCCAGUCUUUAGUUCAGUAUUUAACCACCAGCACUUACCUUUGUUCCCUGCCAGAUCGUUGUUUUUGACUUGUUCCGUUCCAGCACUCUAUUACCUAAUUACCGGUUACCACGCUGUUUGAUCUAACAAUUCGUCUCUUGGAUUCUCCCUGUCGGUACCGAAGCCUGUGUUUGUAUAGUAUAUGUUAUGAGGACCUGUUUUGACUAAACGCCUGCCUGCCUGCCGUUUUUGUUCUUUUGCCCGUUUGCUUACCCGGUUUUGAACUCUGCCUGUAUAUGACUAAUGAGAACGUUAAACUCCCUCAAUCUGAACCGGAGAGUCUCCUGAAGCUGGGCAUGUUGUGUCCGCCAUCUUUGCGCACACCGCGCCGUGACAGUACGAUCUAGCCAGACUUGGACCCAGCCGGCUCGCAGCUGAGUGCCGUGGAGGUCGCAGUGCUCACACUGGAGGACGAAGACAGCGUGCUAGAGUGUCCCGGUGUCCGCCGUCUCUAUGACGUCAGGCUUGAGAAGAUGGAGAGGAGACGUUCAGGGAUCUUCGUCAUUCUCCUCUGUUUGUCUGUUCUUUGCCUAAACACAACUUUUGCAUGUGAAUACUUUGGCAAUGCUAAGAUGCCUAGUUUAUUUAAAGAGGGAGACAUCAUGGUGGGAGGAAUUUUUCCUGUUUUCUUCAAUGAAGUUAUCAACAUUUCCACAUAUGAGACAAAGCCACCUGACAGUGAAGUAUGUGAAGGAUUUGACCAAUGGACAUUUCGUUGGAUGCAAGCGAUGAUAUUUUCAAUUGAAGAAGUAAACAACGAUCCUGCUCUCUUGCCAAACAUAUCACUUGGAUAUAGGAUCCUUAGCUCUUGUUCAACUUCUAGAAGUGCUUUACAGGCUGCUCUAGCUCUGGCUAGUGGAUUAAAUGACGUUAGGUCAAUUUCACCUUGCCCUCCAGCUAUUUCUGCCCUCAUAGCAGAGUCAGGAUCAUCUGAGUCUAUAGCUGUGGCCGGAACCCUUGGACCUUUUCAACUGCCAAUAGUGAGUUACUUCUCUGCAUGUGCCUGUCUCAGUGACAGAGUCAAAUAUCCUACAUUUUUUCGAACAGUCUCCAGUGACUCUUUCCAGGCAAAAGCGUUGGCAGCACUAAUGAGGCAUUUUGACUGGCAGUGGAUCGGAAUCAUACAGUCAGACAAUGACUACGGCCGAAAUGGGAUACAUGGGUUCACUGAAGAAGUUAAAAAGUUCGGGGUCUGUAUUGCAUUUGUUGCUAAGUUUCUCCGUACAUAUUCUUUGGAGAAAACUUUGAAUGUUGUGGAAAUUAUCAAACAGUCAACUGUCAAAGUCAUUCUGGCUUAUGUUCCUGAGGGUGACUUCUAUUCUUUGAUGCUAGAGAUAGUGAAACAGAACAUAACAGGGAUUCAAUGGCUUUCUAGUGAUGCCUGGAUAACAGCAGCUCGACCUUCUACACCAGAAAUGUACCAGGCAUUUGGUGGAGCUCUAGGGUUUGUAGGUCGGAAGAUGGCUAUUCCAAGACUUAAACCAUUUCUCACAAACAUUAGUCCAUAUAAGGAUCCAAGUGCUUUUGUGGGGGAUUUCUGGGAGAUUAUGGUUACUGAGCAGUUACGAAGAGUACAUUUUAUGAAUCAGUUUGGAGAUAAUGUCUUCUUUGAUGAGAAUGGUAACCCACCAGCCUAUUAUGACCUGAUUAACUGGCAGCUGACCAAUGGGCAGGUUCCAACUUCCUUGUGCUCCAGUGUUUGUAUGACAGGAACCAGAAAAGCUCAAAUUAAAGGAAGACCCACCUGUUGUUUUGACUGUAUCCCAUGUGAUGAUGGGACCAUAACUAAUUUAACAGCAGAGUGCUCACCCUGUCCACAGGAAUACUGGUCAAAUGACAGGAAAGAUGAGUGUAUUCCUAAAGCCAUUGAGUUCCUGACAUACCAGGAGCCCAUAGGAAUAGCAGUCACAGUGGUAUCUCUGCUAGGAGCCUCUCUGUCACUGGCCACGUUGAUGGUUUAUAUUCGCUACAGAGAAACUCCUGUAAUUAAGGCCAGCAACUCUGAGCUAAGCUGUUUCCUGUUGUUCUCUCUCUUGCUGUGUUUUCUCUGUCCUCUCACUUUCAUUGGCAGACCCACAGUCUGGACAUGCAUGCUACGCCACACAGCAUUUGGUGUGACCUUUGCCCUUUGUAUUUCCAGUGUCUUGGGAAAAACUAUUGUUGUAGUCACAGCUUUCAAAGCCACAUUUCCAGGCAACAAAGCUGCAACUAAGUUUGGUCCCUCACAGCAAAGGAUCAUCGUUUGCUCCUGCACUGUGAUCCAGAUAAUCAUCUGUGUAUUGUGGCUUAGGCUGAACCCACCUUUCCCAGACAUGGUUUUCAGAUACAACAAUAAGAAGAUUGUUUUAGAAUGUAACCCAGGCUCUGAGGCAGCUUUCUAUGCGGUGCUGGGCUACAUAGGACUGCUGGCAAUAACAUGUUUAGUUCUGGCAUUUCUAGCUAGAAAGUUGCCUGAUAACUUCAAUGAGGCUAAGUUCAUUACAUUCAGUAUGCUGAUUUUCUGCGCUGUGUGGAUCACCUUCAUCCCAGCCUACAUCAGCUCUCUAGGAAAGUUCACUGUAGCUGCUGAAACAUUUGCAAUUUUGGCUUCAGCAUUUGGUUUAUUAAUUUGCAUUUUUACACCUAAAUGUUAUAUUAUAUUGAUUAAGCCAGAGCAAAAUACAAAGAGACGAAUCAUGGGAAAAAUAUGAAGAAAACGUGUUACACUAUAGAGUUGCUGUCUUUCCCUCCUGUCAAAAUCAGAACAUGUUGGUUGCAUUUAUUUGCUUCGAAAGAGAGUAGUGCCCAAAAUAACAAACAAAACAAAUCCUUCCAUGCCCUACUAACCUGCUUGAAAAUAAAUUCGGAAAAACAAAGGACAGGGCGACUUCCCUAAGCCCCUAACAUACAGUAAACAGAAGAAAAAUAUAAACGUAACCUCAACAAAAAGGGCUUCUCCGUCCUACUUGAGUGCUACCAACCGAUGUUCACAUCACACAACAGCAUUAGUUCACAAUUUUCAGAAUUCACAGAGUGCACUAACGAGUGAUGGGGUUCACAGGCGAGGCGAGAGAGGGGCGGCAGCCAUGUCAUCCGCUGCUUAAGUCGAGGGCUGGCAUUCUCCCAACCAAUUUCGAAGCCUCCACCUCCAGCAAGCGGCGUCAGCCCCCUACACACACCCUGUUAGAGAAAAUAUAUUUUCAUCUAUUAUUUAUUUCAAUUAUAUUCAUUUAUCUUUUUAUGUAUCAUUUAACCUUUUUCACAUUUUCCAUUUAUGGUUUGCAUUUGCUGUGCCUUAUAACCCCAUUGACAGGUGCACAGACUUCUAACCACAGGUUUUCAAGUAUUGUCAUAUACGAAGAACAAUUUUGUCACAUUUGCCUUUUGCUCUGUGCCCCUACUCAGGCGUAGGUGUUCAAAACCACAAGAGGGGUUGGAGGAGUACUGGUAUGCCUAAUGUGUGUGUUUCCGCAUGUUCAGCAAUGAUGUGAUGAUGUGAUGAUGAAGGCGUGUACAACCUUUAAUAAAAUGUUGUGCUUUGGGGAAGUUCGUUGGAGUUGGUUGGUCUCUGAGUGAAGCCCUUACAACGCUAA